AUGGACGAUCAUUAUCAGUUCCAGGCGCUACCAUUUGGCCUCUCCACAGCACUGAGGAUCUUCAUCAAGGUGAUAGCGGAGAUGAUGGUUCUCCUCCGCAAACAGGGGGUGAACAUAAUUCCAUAUCUGGACGAUCUCCUGAUCAAUGCGUUGUCCAGGGUGAGGUUGUUGCGUUACAUCGCGCUCAGGAGGCACGGUUGGAUCCUAAACCUUCCAAAGUCUCAUCUGGAGCCGACAAAGAGGCUGUCUUUCCUGGGAAUGAUCCUCGACACGGAAGUGCAGAGGGUAGAACAUCUGUCUUAUAUUAAAACAGAAGAUACAGAGGGAGAAGAAGAGACGUAUGUGACUGUUAUAAAAGAAGAAGAUAUAGACGGAGAAGAGGAGACAUAUGUGACUGAUAUAAAGGCAGAAGAUAUAGAGGGAGAAGAGGAGACACAACCUUCCACACGUUUGUCUGUAGGCUCCUUAAGAGACGUGAUGGUAGUGACCGGUAGAGCUGAGGAGACCACCAUCCGCGUCACAUAUGGACACACAAGCAGAAAUAUCUCAGAAGGACAUCUAAUGUUAUCCCCGGAUUGUGACAUAAAAGAUAAUGACAGUAGACAGGAUUCUCCAGGAGAUAACCCCAUUACCCCAAUUAUACAUCCAGCUCUAUCAGCUGGUCCCCCUGAUCCUGCAAAAUAUUCUCCUGAUCACUCUGAUAUUGGUGCAUCUGUUACAGCUCUGAGAGUAGAUACAGAGUUUCCAUGUGCUAUAGAUGCCAAAUGUUUUACACAGAACACAAAGCCUAUUAACCCACAGACAGGUAAGACAAGUGAGAGGCCAUUUCUAUGUUCUGAGUGUGGGAAAUGUUUUAUAUACAAAUCAAAUCUUAUUAAACAUCGGAGAUAUCACAUAGGUGAGAAGCCAUUUCCAUGUUCUGAGUGUGGGAAAUGUUUUGCACACAAAUCAGAUAAUAAUAGACAUCAGAGAAGUCACACAGGUGAUAAGCCAUUUCCAUGUUCUGAGUGUGGGAAAUGUUUUGCACGGAGAUCGGAUCUUGUUGCACAUCAGAGAAGUCACACAGGUGAGAAGCCAUUUCCAUGUUCUGAGUGUGGGAAAUGUUUUGCAUACAAAUCAGUUCUUACUAGACAUCAGAGAAGUCACAUAGGUGAGAAGCCAUUUCCAUGUUCUGAGUGUGGGAAAUGUUUUGCACACAAACUAAAUCUUAUUAUACAUCAGAGAAGUCACACAGGUGAGAAGCCAUUUCCAUGUUCUGAGUGUGGGAAAUGUUUUGCACAGAAAUCACAUCUUGUUGAACAUCAGAGAAGUCACACAGGUGUAAAGCCAUUUCCAUGUUCUGAGUGUGGAAAAUGUUUUAUCCAGAAAUCACAUCUUAUUAAACAUGAGAGAAGUCACACAGGCGAGAAGCCAUUUUCUUGCUAUGAGUGUGGGAAAUGUUUUACCUGGAAAUCACAACUUGUUACACAUCAGCGAAGUUGUGAAAUAAUCAGAUGUCAUGCCCUCAUCUACCACUGCUAUGCAGAUGACCUGUCUUUUGCUCCAGCCUUUGCCAAUCAUGCCCUACUUCCUGUCUGUGCGUUCCACCUUAUUUCCGGACUCUGCGUUCCACAUACAGGAAGUGAGUUUUCGUCGACUGCUGCAGCCUCGCAUUGUCCGUGGAGAUCAGGCUCUUCCACAGAUACGGAGACAGUUCCACCGGAGGGGGAGUAUAUAGAGGAACACAGGGGUCUGUACAAGGACGUGAUGAUGGAGAAUCACCGGCCCCUCACAUCACUGGAUGGGCCCAGUAACAGAGAUACCCCAGAGAGAUGUCCCCGUCCUCUGUAUUCCCAGGAUUGUACAGAGGAGAAUCACAGGACCCCACAGGAGGAUCAGAUAGAACGUCUGUCUGAUAUUAAGGCAGAAGAUAUAGAGGAAGAAGAAGAGACGUAUGUGAAUGAUAUAAAGGCAGAAGAUACAGAGGGAGAAGAAGAGACGUAUGUGACUGAUAUAAAGGCAGAAGAUAUAGAGGGAGAAGAAGAGACGUAUGUGACUGAUAUGAAGGCAGAAGAUAUAGAGGAAGAAGCAGAGACGUAUGUGAGGGGUGAUCAGCAGUGUAAGGAGGAGGAGAUCCCUACAGAUAUCAGCACAGCAGAUGGACACACAAGCAGGAAUAUCUCAGAAGGACAUCUAAUGUUAUCCCCGGAUUGUGACAUAAAAGAUAAUGACAGUAGACAGGAUUCUCCAGGAGAUAACCCCAUUACCCCAAUUAUACAUCCAGGUCUAUCCGCUGAUUCCUCUGAUCCUGAGAAAUGUUCUCCUGAUCACUCUGAUAUUGGUGCAUCUGUUACAGCUCUGAGAGUAGAUUCAGUGUUUCCGUGUUCUAUAGAUGCCAAAUGUUUUACAAAGAACACAAAGCCUAUUAACCUACACACAGGUAAGGCAGGUGGAAGGCCACUGAUAUGUUCAGAGUGUGGGAAAUGUUUUACAAAGAAAUCACAACUUGUUAUACAUCAGAGAAGUCACACAGGUGAGAAGCCAUUUCCAUGUUCUGAGUGUGCGAAAUGUUUUACAAAGAAAUCACAUCUUGUUAUACAUCAGAGAUGUCACACAGGUGAGAAGCCAUUUCCAUGUUCUGAGUGUGGGAAAUGUUUUGCACUUAAAUCACUUCUUGUUAGACAUCAGAGUAGUCACACAGGUGAGAGGCCAUUUUCUUGCUCUGAGUGCGGGAAAAGUUUUACCUGGAAAUCCAAUCUUGUUAGACAUCAGAGAGAGCACACAGGUGAGAAGCCAUUUCCAUGUUCUGAGUGUGGGAAAUGUUUUGCAUGUAAAUCAGAUCUUGUUAUACAUCACAGAAGUCACACAGGUGAGAGGCCAUUUCCAUGUUCUGAGUGUGGGAAAUGUUUUGCAUGUAAAUCAGAUCUUGUUAUACAUCACAGAAGUCACACAGGUGAGAAGCCAUUUUCUUGCUCUGAGUGUGGGAAAUGUUUUGCAUGUAAAUCAGAUCUUGUCAUACAUCACAGAAGUCACACAGGUGAGAAGCCAUUUUCUUGCUCUGAGUGCGGGAAAUGUUUUACACACAAAUCACGACUUGUUACCCAUCAGCAAAGUCACACAGGUGAGAAGGCAUUUCCAUGUUCUGAGUGUGGGAAAGGUUUUGCAGACAAAUCACAUCUUGUUAGACAUCAGAGAACUCACACAGGUGAGAAGCCAUUUUCUUGCUCUGAGUGCGGGAAAUGUUUUACACAGAAAUCAGUUCUUGUUAUACAUCACAGAAGUCACACAGGUGAGAAGGCAUUUCCAUGUUCUGAGUGUGAGAAAUGUUUUACACAGAAAUCAGAACUUAUUACACAUCAGCGAACUCACACAGGUGAGAAGCCAUUUCCAUGUUCUGAGUGUGGGAAAUGUUUUGCACACAAAUCAGCUCUUGUUAGACAUUACAGAAGUCACACAGGUGAGAAGCCAUUUCCAUGUGCUGAGUGCGGGAAAUGUUUUACCCGGAAAUCACAACUUGUUACACAUCAGCGAAGUCACACAGGUGAGAGGCCAUUUCCAUGUUCUGAGUGUGGGAAAUGUUUUACAUACAAACCAGCUCUUGUUACACAUCAGAGAAGACACACAGGUGAGAAGCCAUUUCCAUGUGCUGAGUGCGGGAAAUGUUUUACCCGGAAAUCCCAACUUGUUACACAUCAGCGAAGUCACACAGGUGAGAGGCCAUUUCCAUGUUCUGAGUGUGGGAAAUGUUUUACAUACAAAUCAACUCUUGAUGCACAUAAGAGAAAUCACACAGGUACAUCACCAUUUCCAUGUUCUGAGUGUGGGAAAUAUUUUGCAUGUAAAUCACAACUUGUUGCACAUCAGAGAAGUCACACAGGUGAGAAACCAUUUCCAUGUUCUGAGUGUGGGAAAUGUUUUGUAUGGAAAUCACAACUUGUUAUACAUCAGCGAAGUCACACAGGUGAGAAGCCAUUUCCAUGUUCUGACUGUGGAAAAUGUUUUGCACGGAAAUCAGUUCUUGUUACACAUCAGAGAAGUCACACAGGUGAGAAUCUAUUUCCAUGUUCUGAGAGAAAUCACACAGGUGAGAAGCCAUUUUCUUGCUCUGAGUGCGCGAAAUGUUAUACUCAGAAAUCACAACUUGUUAGACAUCAGAGAAGUCACACAGGCUACCAUGGGAGUCUGUUUUCCUGCCAUUGCUUGCACCAGUUCCUAAACGGAAAUACGAUGGACCAGCAUUCAAAUCUUUUAGUCCUCAGUCCUUUUGAGGCUGUGCAAGAGGAACAACCAUACAGGGUAGACAUGGUAGAGGACGUGGUUUUCAACAAACCCCUAACCAUCAUUUAG